GUGGAAAGGCAGACGGGAUGAGGCUCUUCCUGGAGGAUCUGUGUUUGUUGUUCAAAACACAAUCAGAAAGGGCUUGCCGCCACGACAGGCUGCCUCAUCUGACACGAGCCGCUCUUCCUGGAACCCUGCCUGCGAAGGGUGUCUGGUCGGGAGCGGGGCCCGGGGCGAGGCCGCCCGUUUCCCCGCCGCAGGGGACCUGUGCGUCCGCUCGCUCGCUCGCAGCUCCCGGCCGCAUGGCCCACGUGUUUGUGUACGGGACCCUGAAGACGGGCCAGCCCAACCACCGGCUCCUGCUGGAGGGCACCCACGGUCGCGCGGUCGAGCUGUACCCGCUGGUGAUCGCUGGUGAUCGCGGGGCCCGCAACAUCCCGCGGCUGCUGAACCUGCCGGGCCGGGGGCGCCGAGUGGCUGGGGAGGUCUACGCCGUGGACGAGCCGAUGCUGCGCUUCCUGGACGAGUUCGAAGGCUGCCCGGACACGUACCAGCACACCCGGGCGACAGUCGCUGUCGAGGGGGCGGGCGGGACCCUGCAGUGCUCCGUGUACAGCACGGCCACCUACCCGCCCGAGUGGAUCCACCUCCCGUACCAGGACGAUUACGAGUCACAGGGGGCGCACGGGCUUCGCUACAGUCCGCGGGAAAGCAGAUGAGAAGUGAGAGGGGAGCGGCCGCCCGAGGACCCAGAGCCUGGUGGUUGGAAGAUGCUCUCGCUGGGUCCGCACUCGCUGA